AUGAAUCAAGAAAAUGAAGAAGAUAAGUACACAGUCCUUCUUCCAACUUAUGAAGAAAGAGAGAACCUUCCAUUGGUCAUCUGGCUGUUAGUACAACAUUUUGAAGAGAGUGGUUAUAAUUAUGAGGUCAUUAUCAUUGAUGACAACAGUCCUGAUGGAACACUAGAUGUAGCGAAACAACUACAGAAAAUUUAUGGAGAAGAAAAAAUAGUUUUACGUCCCCGCCCAGCUAAGUUAGGUCUUGGUACAGCAUAUAUACAUGGAAUAAAACAUGCUACUGGAAAUUUUAUUAUAUUAAUGGAUGCUGACCUGUCUCAUCAUCCCAAGUUUAUUCCCACUUUUAUUAAAAAACAACAAGAGGGUGAUUAUGAUAUUGUCACUGGUACUCGAUACUCAUUAGGGGGUGGAGUUUAUGGGUGGGACUUACACAGAAAAGUGAUAAGUCGAGGAGCAAAUUUUUUAGCUCAGAUUUUAUUGCGACCUUCAGCAUCAGAUUUGACAGGAAGUUUUCUUAUAUUAUGUGUUAGGUUAUAUCGUAAAGAGGUAUUGGAACAUCUUAUCUCACUUUGUAUCUCAAAGGGAUAUGUGUUUCAAAUGGAAAUGAUUGUACGUGCUCGAGAAAAUGGCUACACUUUAGGAGAGGUACCCAUAACAUUCGUAGACAGGUUAUAUGGAGAAUCAAAGUUAGGAGGUACAGAGAUUGUCUCAUACGCUAAAGGUCUUCUUCAAUUAUUUUCCUCUACUUAG